AUGUCUUUUAUCAACAUUUGCCAGAGAGCAUACAUCAUCAAACUUGCACUCGUAGCUCUUAUCGUUACCCUCAGGAUCCACUCGGGCCAGGCUGUAGGCGGGAGAAGACAACAAUGUGGCUACCAUUUUUUCUUUGCCGACGCGAGGCAGAAGCGAGCUUCUUGCAUGCAGGACAACGAACAUGAUAAUCAAUGUGCGCCCGAGAGCUGUAGGAGCGAUAUUGACGGAUUCAAGUGGGACCAACUCGAAUUCUGGUUUUGCCAUCCAUUCAACGGUGAGGUAUUGCUUCGAUCCAUAAAACCAGCCCAAUAUUUUCGUCGGGAUAGCUAUGCUGAGGUUCAGGAAGCUGGUACCCCCAAUUGGUUCCGUUGUCCUUACUCGUAUGCAUCUAAUCGUCAAUUAAUGAUUUGCAACGACUGCUUGUGA